AAAUUUGGCGAACCUUGAAUCAUCUUCUCUCUCACUUCCUCAACAAUUCGGUAAACCAUGGCAAUGGGAAACAGGCGGGAAAUAAUAGCAGUGGAGGAGGAUUCUUAGCUUGUGGAAACUCCCAUCAUCGCAUCUUCAGUUUAUCGAGAGAGAUGGAGGAUAGCGGGAUAGGCGGCGGCGGAAGAAUCAGCAGCAACGGUGUGGUGAUGAAGAAGGAAGGAUUAGGGAUUUCUAAUGGGGGAAUGAGAUUCCAGAACCCUUUCGCUUUCAAAGCUCUUCAAGUCUUCACGGGAUUCGGCGUGGGUUGUGGAGUUGGAAUCGGCAGUGGCGCUCCUUUAAAUCUCGGUAGUAUUCCAUUGGUGGGGGAAGUUAUGAGUGCAGCUAGAGGAGCUACCAAUGCAUUUUCUGGGGCCACGCACCACGUCAAUGACGCUUUGAGGAAGCUCGGAGCUAGGAACAUUAAAGCAGGUGUUGGAUGUGGAGUUGGUUUCGGUCAUGGUUUUGGAGUUGGCAUCGCAGUGAAACCAAGUGCCAUACACAAACUACAAGCUUCUAUUAUGGGAACUGCAUCCAGCUUGAUGACAAAACUCGGAAGAACGAGUGAGACCACCGCAGAUCAAACCGAGAUAGAAGACCAGGCGCCUCAAUCUCUGACGGAACACAAGAAACAUCUGGACACAAAAUCAUCGUACAAGAACAAUGGUUCGCCCAUUGAUUCAAGAACGUUCGGUACUCGAACUGAGAAAGUAAUCAACAGUUUCCUCGACAAUCCAAUUCUGACACAACAAACUGGAGAAGAACGACAGGUCACACAAUUAGAAUCAGAAAGCUUAAUGCUUCAGAUGGUGCUGAAACAUCAAAAACUCGUUAACGAACUAAUGGAAGAGAACGAAAAGCUUCGGAGGAUAAUCAUAGAAGAUCUCAAAGUUUCACCGGAGAAGCUCAAUUCAGUUUCAUCUUACGUGUACGAAUCACCAUGCAAAGAUUGCUUCGAGUGUCGUAGAAAACAUAGAAGAAAUAGAUGAAGAAUGAUGUAAGCAAAAAAAAAUUCACAUGCAAAGAUAACAACGAACUAUGAGUUCCUCUUCAUUAUUACAUAACAUUGCAAAACUCUUGUGCAAGCAAACAAUGGAUCUUGUUCACACA